AGCGACCAGCAAGCAGUCCAACCUCGGCUGCGACACCAGGCGCACGCGGCACCAAACCUGCACUAAGCCUGCACCAACUGACACUGAAUAAAAAAUCAAGAACUCUCCAUGAAGUGAUGAACCAUUUUUAUUAGAUGGAAAAUGUGAUUCAGUCAUAUGCGCUGAUAUUUAUUUUUAAUUUUCCUGGAUUUUUUUGAGUGAAUUUUUUGUUGGUGUGGAUUCGCGGUGGCAGCGAUUCGAAAGGUACGGAGCCAUUAUGUAUUGAGUUUACUGCACGCAACUACAUUGUGCGAGUACAUUGUUAUCAUCGCUAAGGAAAACUACAGUUUUAAGAUGGCGCUGAAGGUGCUAGCUGCUUUGGUUCUCCUGGCUGUUACCUCGGCGGAGAAAGCGCAAUCAAGAUGGUCUCGUCAAAUCAGCUCAUACACAUCAGACAUAACCGACUGGGUGCCUCUAUCGGGGCCGGUUGAGAGAGAAUUGCCCCAAAUUAGACGACAAGCAGUAGCAGAGCCGAGAAUAUUAUCAGAGCCCUUUCCUGGCUUCGUAAAACCGACGGGCUUCAGCCAAGACACAUUUCCAUCGAGGGGAUUUUAUAAUUCUCCAUCCAACCGCCAGCUGUACCUUCAGUCGGUACCGUCCGCCCCUCAGAACUAUAUCUCGGAACAAGGAUUCAAUCAAGGCUUGAGAUUCGGAUUGGCACAACCGAAUUUUCCCCUGAGCCAAGGUUUCGUUGCACAUCAGUUGAAUUUCGACAAUAUUCCACAAGUGAAACCUAGACCUCAGGUUCAUUCUAAUCAGGUUAAGUUUGAACAUUCUCCACCCAAAGCGAGUCCGGCUCACGCAUCCCCAGUAAAAACUUUUGAAAGUCAAUCCCAUGACACGCAAAAGUUCGUGGAUGGAUAUCGCGCAGAAAAUAAUAGUGACUUUUCAUUUGCUAAAAAACCGCAAUCCUUACAAAAAAUCAAGUUUGAACUCGCCGACAAAUCCAAAGACGCGUUUGGUAUUCCCAAACCCAAAGUGGAAAGAGAAGAGGUACAAUUAUUGUAUGUACCUUUAGAUUCACUAAACAGAGGACAAUUUAAUUUUAGAAGCCCGUUGACAUCAGCACAAAUUUUAAACACAGAACUUUACAAUCAACGAUCAAAUCCUCUAAUGCAAAAUCUCGCACCCGAACUACAGACGCCCCUAGUCCGACCGAUGGAUACGUUUAAUUCCCAACAGUUUUUGACAAACUUUAAUGGCCGCUUCCAUGAAGAUUCUAUUCCAAAAUUUUCGACAGCGACAACACCCUUUCCUACGACAGCAGCUACAACCGCCAAACCUAAAAAGUUAAAGCCGCAUCAACCUCCUUUGGCGAUUUUCUCAACUCACGAUGCAAAAAAAGAUGACCAAGUAAAAGUUGGAGACGUAUUGCACACAUUGAAGAACGCCAACACAGUAGCAGUAUUAGACUCGGUUAACCCAUUGAAUGCACCUAAAGUUUUUAUUGGUCCUUCAUCCCUGACACCUCCAGAAAAUUAUGUUAAAUUCGAGUUGCCAUAUUUGUCUAACAUUGAAAAUAUUGAUAAAAAGCUGAAACAGUUACCAUUCUUCGUUGCACCACUCAGUUAUAACACACCUCAAGGCUUUGCGAAAAUACCUUUCCCUUCUCCACAUGUGGGAUCGGUUGUAAUAAACUCUUUAAUUAAAGAUUCUUCAUCUGCAAACAAAGCAUCUAUCACAGAUAUUUAUUCGAACCCUUAUUCUAGGCCCCUACAGUAUAAACAAGAACAAAAACCUAUAACUCAGAAACCAAUUAUAAAUUAUUAUACUACUUCAUCUCCGAAAGCAAACUCCCUAAAUUACGAACAAAAUUACUAUUCGAUUGAACCACAAGCUGUAAGUACAUUGCGACCGCUAAAAGAAACAGAAUCAAAUCUUCCUAUAACUCAGUCGACACCGCCACCAUAUAAAAGCGGCUCGUAUUUCUUAAGCAAUAUCAAUAAUCAAUACAAUCCCUCGCAAUUCGUUAAUUUCCCUCAAGAAACAAACUACAAACAACCAGAGCCUAAUAAAGUUGAAAACGUUUUCAAAGUAGAAACUACCACUACGCCUUCAACUACAGUUACUGCAUCCAAAACUUCAACUUACCCGAGUCAACUAUUGGAGACGCAUAAUCCUUAUUCCAUUAAUCAAGCCUUCCAUUAUAGUACACCUAUAGAUUAUCAAAACUUCUUUGAUGAAUACAAAGAAGCAUAUAAUCCUGGACCAAAAAUAUCAAUCUCCCCACCUUCUAUUACAAUAAGCUCUACAUCUCCUCCAACAAAACAAGAGAUAGAUCCAGUUAAGUCUAAAGUAGAACAACAGCCUCAGCAGGUAUCACCAAAUUAUCUACAAAAUUAUACUCCAGAAAUACAUCAUGAAUCUGAAAAUCCAAAUACUAGAUAUCCAGUUUUUAAUACUAAUGAUUAUUUUACAAAACCUGCACAAAGUACUCAAACUGAAUAUACCAAUUCUGGAAAUCCUGUCGACUCUGGUGAUAAAACUGAAGCUAUAACAGACACUAAUGGACCAGAAUACAAUACAGGUACUUUACAAACACAAUCCAAUAUACCUGAAAAUAAUACAGUAGAUAAGGACCUUCCUGAAACUUCAGCAAACGAUAAUCAAGUAAUAAAAUCUUCAUCGGAAUACGACCAAUAUGAUACUACCUUUAAUUCACAAGAGAUAUUAUCACCAACUAGUAGCACCACUACUACAACUAGAAGGCCACCUAUUAGAACACGCGGCCGUCCCCGAUACCCUGCUAUCAAAACAGAGUCUCAGGAAUAUUCUACGCGAUCGCCAAUUACAAGAAGACCUUUAAGAGAAAGAAAGCCACUACCUACACGAUCAAGAUAUGAACCGAACAAAAUAACCACCGAAACGCCAACAAGAAAACCAUUUGAUUCCGGCGAAAGCACCACAAAAUCAACCAGAACAAGAACCAGAGGACGUGUCCAUUAUAAAGUUCCCGAAUCUGAUGAUCCCUACACAAAAAGAAAUAAGCCUAGUAAAAAAGAAAAUGACUUAGCAUACCAAAGAGAUGUACUUCAUCAAAAUUAUCCUGUAACCUUAAUGGAAAGAACCAGUACUGCAGAUAUCGAAGCCAUUACCGAACCGAAUGUGGUUCUAUCCAAUGCUCGCGAAAGCGCUAAAACUGAUGAUACAGAAGAUGCAUACAGUAACGACAAACUUUCUAUAACUGCACCUAUAAACUCAGAACUAGAAGAUCUUCCACAGCAGUACACCACUGCAAUACAGUCUGUUACUGAUAUUCCAUACGUGCCACAAAUCUCAAAUCACGACCAAGAUUACACCAAUCCAGAAAAAAGCAGUGGAAUACCACAAGAUAUUGAUGAAGGACAUUAUACUAUACAGACAUCGCAUGUUCAAAAACCAGACAAUCAACAUAACGUGUCAUUCGGUGGUAAAGCGUCAAGCACAGAAACUGAAACAAAUAUUCCUGCCAUUAAUGAAUUUCAAACAAACGGACAAGAAGAAGUAACAACUGCUCCUCAGCAAGAUACUAAAAUCGUGAGCCAAGAACAAAGUCAAGAACAAGAAGAAAAUAUUGUAGAAACGACGCCAUCAUAUAACAGGGUAAGAGUACGUCCGGGAGUUAUAAGACAGUAUCAUCAAAGUUCUUUAACCGAACCAUCCCGCACUGAUCGAAGAAAACCAGUCCAACCCAUCACGUACCGACCAGCCUUUGACAGACGCCGAACAACAAUGCGAAUCGAGGAAAUUGAAGCUGAUUUAAAAACCAAGCAAGUUCACAUUCGACCUGAAUUUCAAAAUUAUAAACAGCCUGUUUAUAAACCAGAACCGUCAACUGAGCCACCUGCGCCAGCUUCUACGACAGAGACAUCCACAAAACGUGGCCAAUUAAGACGAAGAAGACCUAGUUAUGCUACUACAUCAACGGAAGCAACAAUAACACGAAGACCUUAUGAAGUCAAAAACAGAUUCAGAGGUAGAAGACCGACAGAAAAACCUACCGAUAAGCCUGAACUUCAAACAGAUACAUCGACAACAGUUAAAAAUAAUAUUUAUAAUAGAUACAGUCACAGACCCCGACUUUCCGAGAGAUAUAAUAAAAAACCGGAGCCGGAAGAUCAAGAAGUUGAAGAUCAAGAUUUAAAUUACUCCAUUAACAGACCCAAAUAUGCAGCUCCGGACAGUGAGCGGUGGUCGCCUAAAGUUUCUGUAGAUUCUUUUAAACCUUACAAUCCAAACAACAUUGCAGAGGAAACCAAAGAAAAUUUGUCAAGCGAUAAUAAAUCGACAGCAGAUCAACUCGAUAUAAUAACGGCAAGAAAUGAAUAUGAGGAUAUACUUAUUUCUGUAACACCCGCAUAUAACAACCGGGUUAACAAAAAGAUGCCUGAUAUACCGCCAACACUUGAAGCUUUGGUGGAACAAAGCCAAGUUACCAAGAGUGAUACGACUGAUACCAUGUCAACAUUCGAAAGUAUGUUAGAAGAGGUUAUGAAGAGUUUAGAAGAACAAGACGAAAACGAGUAUACGGGCAAAGUAAUGAAACACAAAGGCGGAGAAAUAGGCGAGAUUCCACCGGAGAAAAUAAUUUCGUCAGGAGAAAACUAUUCUCUUAAAUCGACGACUCCAUUUCAAGAGGAAGCGACGACCUCAAUACCAGACAGUGUUCCUUCUGCCACUAUAACUGAGGUAGUACCGAACCAAAAGAAUCGUCGUCGGGGAUUUUGGAAAAAAGUGAAAGUACGUCCAGUUACUGAAGGAAUCGAUGCAGCGGAAUCACAAUAUUAUCCUCACGUAGUUAAUCGUCUCGGCAACAACGUACCCAAGAACGCAGUCGAAAAGUCAGGUAAAGGCACUUCAAAGGUUACUGUAACAACGUAUAAGCCCAACUACCAAUUCCUUAAAGACUUCUUUGAAACUCAUGAAGAUGCACUAGACGUAAUGACGAAUAUCGAUAUUCCUAAAAUAACUACUGUUAAAAAUGUAGAGAGCAAUACGGAAAUCAUGAAAGCACAAACUGAUUCAACCAUAAAAGAUGAUGUAGACAUGACUACAGAAAAGACAAGUCCAGGUGACAUGGACUUAGGUACAGGUUCACCAGACCCUACGUUUGAUGACAGCACCUAUUAUAGCGAACCAACAGAGCCAGCCUUUAAAAGCCCUUCAACAAUCGAUAGAUCAGACAGUUUUAGCUUCAUGGAUUAUUUGUUUGGAGUAACAGCACCUGAUGAUUCGCAGAUUAAAAAUGGUACCAUAACACCUGUAAAAGAAAUCAGGACAACAACAGAGUUAACCAAAGACAAUGCUGUAGAAGUUGACUCCCAGGCAAACAAAGUGAAGAUUACGACUGAAUCUUCUUACGUUCCGGAAGAAAUUACAGCGGAAACUAUGUCGGAAGACAUUGAAACCAUUACAAAUACCCUGGAGCUUUAUAAAACUAUUAAGGAAACCAAUAAUCUAGCUGAACAAUCUGAUGUUGAUGUGGAAAGUUCAUCAGUAUCCAGUUAUAUGGAUCCAGCCAACGUAGUCAGUACAUCCAUGUCAACUGAAGUCUCUCACGAAACUGAAAUUUGUUUUAGAGGCAAAUGCAUAAAAACCCAUAAAAAUUUGUUAUAAAAUGAACUAAACUGGUGCUAAACAAGUGUUCAAAAAGUUAGUUGUAUUCAUAAUGACUAUUUAAAAGGACAAUUUCCCAGUGUAGUGAAAGAGGUUUACAUUUAAAAGGACUAUCAUCUUAAAGUUAUUAUUUUUGUCAAUUGUAAUAAAAACCCUGUAAAUAGUAGGUAUUUUGCGUAUCAUUUGACUCGCAAUAACAUAUAUGAUACAUAGCAGUAAACGGUCUUGUACAUGUUUUAAUUAUUUCAAUCAUGUUCAUUUCACUGAUGCGUUACGUAAAGAAAGUAAAGAACUAAAGAAAACAUGUGCUAAACAAUUAAUUUUUAUUGAUAAUCAAUUGUACUUACCUACUUACGCCUAUUUCAAUAACUUAGAAUAAUAAUAAAGUUAAUAGAGAUUACGAUGGUUGCAUCAGACUUUUCUAUUUAUUACAUUUACCAAAAUUUCUGUUGGUAUCUUGUCCCGUAGUAGUCGCAAACAUCGUAGUGUGUAUUAUGCUUAGCUUAGCGUUAAGGAACACCGUAGUCUGUCUAUACACGGGACUUCAGUGUGCCUUGAGCCUUAGAACAUUUAAUUUUUAAGUUAUGGUGGUUAUUCUAUAGUGAAGUAAAGUACCUAUUCAAUGCAGUUUUGAAGCGUUAAUAUUAAGGUUACAAUACCUAAGUAUAAGAUGGUUUUUUAUACUUUUUAUAAAAUUAUAUCGACUGAAAUAAUAUUAUAAUCACUAUUUUAAGAAAAUUCUUCCGUAUUUUAACUAAAUAGCUAUUUAUUAUUUAUAUAAGUAUGUACUUAUAAGGGCAUUUCAUAUAAAAUAUUAGGGCCAUGCAUGUCAUCCAAUAAAAAUCUACGCAGUAAAUUGCAAUUAUACAGGUUAGAAAACGCGAUUAAUUAAACCUCAGCGAGUAUAUAUUUUAUAGAUUAAAAAUAAAUUUAACUUUACAUGGCGCUCCAUAUACAUGAAAGUGUUUCUUAGUAUAGAAACUAGCGCCAUCUAUUCAAUCAACUCUAAACUAAGUAAGGCAGGCCCUAACUUUUCCGCGCAGGGACCCUCAUUGAACCCGGCGCUGCCCCGACGCAGGAUAGCGAGGAAUCGCAGUCCGCGCGGGGCCAACGGGUUCAAAGCCCAAUCCCCUAGGCUGAAAAGCCUCAACCCCGGGAGGGGUUGGAAGAAAUCACCGGGGGAGAAAGUUCCCCCGCGACAUGCCCGGGCAAGGAGGCAUUGCCUCGAGGCCCGUACCCCCGCCCCGUGUACCACGGGUCGGAGAAGACCCGACGUCUCUAACUUUUCCUGGUAUAUGCAUGGAUAAAAUGGUUGUAUUCUGUAGCUUUGUACCACCCACCCAAAGUGUUAGUUGUAUAAUAUAGUGUAAAGUGGAUAUGUGUACCAUGUCUGAUGUGUAACUUAUAAUAAAGUGUCAAAUUAAUAACA